AUGUCCUUCACUUCUGUUAAGUUGGUCCUUGCGGCCCUGUCCCUCGUGCAACAUGUUGUCGCCGCGCCUACUCGCGCCGAUGCCGCCGUCAUCGUCAAGCGACAAGCUGAGCUCCGAGACGAGUACGACUUUAUUGUCGCUGGCGCCGGCACCGCCGGUUUGACCGUAGCCGAUCGCCUCAGCGAGGGCGGCCAGUAUACCGUCCUUGUCGUGGAGUAUGGCUACCUAGAUGGGUCUCACUCCAUUACCGCGACUGGCCCGGAUGCGCAGCAAGCCGGAGCCAUCGACUACCCCAGCGGCACCCGCAUCGUCGUCGGAGGUAGCUCCGCCGUCAACGGCAUGUUCUUCGACCGUGGCAGCGCCGACGAUUACGAUGCCUGGGUACGCUGCGCCGGCGACGAGGCCGACGAGUACGCCCGCGAGUGGGGUUGGGACAACAUCUACCCCUUCUUCCAGAAGAGCGUCACCUUCCACCCUCCGAGCGAGAAGAUGCAGGAGGAGUACGGAAUGACCUACGACAUGGCCGCGUACGGCGGUGAUACUCCCAUUCACUCGAGCUACGCUCCGUUCCAGUGGCCUACGACUGUCGGCAUCUGGAAGGCCUGGGAGACCAUUGAGGGCGUCGAGUUCCCCAAGGAGCACGCCGACGGCAAUGCCACCGGCGUCUUCUGCAACGCCGCUAACAAGCGCGCCAACUUCCACCUCCUGCCCGCCCACCGCGUGACCAAGGUCGGGCUCGAGGAGGUCGAGGGCGAUGACGCCCACUCCCACCGCGCCACCGGCGUCUACAUUGCCCCGCGCGACGGCGACCUGUGGAAGUCGGGCCCCGUCUUCAUCAAGGCGAAGAGGGAGGUUGUCGUGUCCUCCGGCGCCGUCCACACCCCGCAGGUCCUGCAGCGAAGCGGCAUCGGUCACCGAGAGGUUCUCGAGGCUGCCGGCGUCGAGGUCAAGGUAGAGCUUCCUGGCGUCGGCUUCAACCUCCAGGAUCACUCUCACUACUCCAUCUCUUUCAACUUCACCACGAACCUAACCCCUAACCCUAACGAUCUCGGCACCGACGCCGAAUUCACCCAGCAGGCGCUCGAGCAAUGGCGCGAGGACAAGUCGGGCCCGCACUCCGCCAACGUCAACGCCGGUGCCUUCCUCCCGCUCUCGUUCGUGUCGGACCGCUCGGCCGAGAUCCUCGACGCCUGGCUCGCCCAGGACGCCGCCGAGUUCCUGCCCGAGAACACGCACCCGACCGUGAUCGCGGGCUACGAGCAGCAGCGCAAGGUCCAGGCCGAGAUGUUUGACGCCAAGAACUCGGCCGAGCUCGAGUGGCUCUUUUCCGGGCGCUCCUCGUUCAGCAUCAUCACCAUCAAGAUCACCUCGCGCGGCACCAUCCUCCUGAGCCCCGAGGACGACGGAGACGCGCAGGGCCACGUGGAGCCCGUCGUGGAUUGGCGCACGUGGAGCAACCCCAUCGACGCCGAGAUGAACGUCGAGUGGCUCAAGUUUGCCCGCUGGUUCAUGCAGAGCGACGCCAUGCAGGACACCUUUGGGCCCGUCGAGAUCUCCCCGGCGCCGCCCCCUAGCAACGGUCAUCUCAUCGGCACCGCUGCCCUCGGCCCCAAGAGCCUCGGUGGCGUUGUCGGCCCCGACCUCUUGGUGCACGGCGUCCUGGGCCUCAGCGUCGCGGACAACUCCAUCAUGACUACGAUUGUUGGAGCGCAUACAAGCUCUUCGGCCUAUGCUAUUGGCGAGAAGGCUGCCGAUACCAUCCUCCGUAGGGCCAAGAAGAACGAGACUCCUGUCGAGGAGGAGCCCGUUGAGGAGGAGCCCGUCGAAGAGGAGCCUGUCGAGGAAGAGCCCGUCGAAGAGGAACCCGUCGAAGAGGAACCUGUCGAGGAAGAGCCCGUCGAAGAGGAGCCUGUCGAGGAAGCACCUGUUGAGGAAGAACCCGUCGAAGAUGACACCGAGAAGCCCGCUCCUCCUCCCAAGGAUGAGCCGUAA